ACGACGCGAUCGAGAGUCGUGGAAUGACUUACCGCCCCGCUUCGUCGAGAUUUUACGUGCUUUUACGUGAAUUUCUCUGGUGAAAUUAGCGAAAAUCUCUGAUAGAAAAAGGUAAGAGUGGCUCGCGAGUGUUUUCGCUCAAUUUUUUCACCCAUGGUACGAUAUUUUUCGGUAUAUACGGUGCAGGCCAGUGACACACGGCGACAUAGGCGUGUGUAGGACGUGGGAGCCGAACACACUGACAAUAAACAGGCAUUGAGCAGUUGCACUAGCCUCGUUCGGCGUUCAUUCAAGAAUGUUUUAAUUGAGCUAAUAAAAUAUGUUGAAGUUUAUCAGAGGGAAGGGUCAGCAACCCACAGCUGAGCGUCAGAAGUUGCAAAAGGACCUUUUCGCUUUCAGGAAGACAAUACAGCAUGGCUUUCCUAAUAAGCCCACUGCGUUCGCUUGGGACCACACUUUACGACUAAUGAUUAUUGGCACAGCUUCUGGAGCCAUCAAAGUUUUUGGAAGACCCGGUGUGGAAUUUUAUGGGCAACACACAACGGAAAGCGGUGAAAAUGCAGUCACCAAGAUCAUUGCUGUGCCAAACGAGGGACGUGUUGUGUCGCUUUGCGACGACAACUCUCUACACUUGUGGGAGAUCAAUGAGAGUUCUUUGGUUGAAACAAAAUCACUUUCCCUUGAAGGAAAGUUGAAAAAAAUCUCUGCAAUGUGUCUGGAAUCCAACGGGGAUCAUCUAUUAUUAGGGACAGAAGGAGGAAAUAUUUAUCUAUUGAAUCUAAAGUCAUUUACAGUUUCUGAUAAUAUCAUUUAUCAGGAUGUUGUGAUGCAAAAUGUCCCGGAGGAUUACAAAAUAAAUCCUGGAGCAGUGGAGGCCAUAGCUGAGCAGCCUGGACAUCCAGAUAAUAUUUUAAUUGGAUACAAUCGUGGGCUCAUGGUUUUAUGGAACAAAGCUACACCCGGAGCCCAACAGCUGAUGGGUUUGUUUUCGCGUGCGCAGACAUUCGUCUCCACGCAACAGCUGGAAUCUAUCUACUGGGUUUCCGAGACUCGUUUUGUAUCUUCGCACAAUGAUGGUUCGUACGCAUUUUGGGGAGCUGGUAACGACACUGUGCCAGAAUCCACCACCCUCUAUGGACCGUUUCCGUGUAAGGCUGUCUCCAAAAUUCUGGCCCAUCCGAUAAGCGAGGAAGAAGAAAUUAUUUUAUUCUCCGGAGGGAUGCCAAGAGCCAGCUAUGGCGAUCGACAUACCAUCACGGCUAUGACUAAAGAAAAACACGUAGUUUUUGACUUUACAUCAAAAGUUAUCGACUUUUUCACUGUCGUGCCAAAAGAGGAAGAAGAUGGUAAAAGUGCUCUGCAAACACCGGAGGCCUUAAUUGUUUUAGCUGAAGAAGAACUUGUUGCUAUAGAUCUGACAAAUCCGGACUGGAAAAUGAUGGCAUUACCAUACUUGGUAUCUUUACAUGCGAGCGCGGUGACAUGUUCUCAACAUAUUCCAAACGUUCCCCAAGAUUUGUGGGAGUCAAUCACUGCAGCUGGUAAAGCCCAAACUGAGCAUUUAUAUUCUGAUAAAUUAUGGCCCAUCGACGGUGGUCUUAUAUUGUCUGCAAAGCCAGCGAAUCCAAGUACACCAGUUAACAACGAGCUUCUGUUGACUGGACAUGAAGAUGGGACCGUAAGAUUUUGGAACGCAUCAGAUGUUGCCCUAACCCCACUGUACAAAUACAAUUCAUCCGUUUUAUUCACUGGAGAGCAUCUUGAUGUACUGGAACAGCCACCAGAGGAUGAGGAAGACGAGUGGCCGCCAUUUAGAAAAGUUGGAACAUUUGAUCCAUAUUCGGAUGAUCCUCGUUUAGCAGUGAAAAAAGUAUUGCUCUGUCCACUCUCUUCAACGCUAGUCGUCGCUGGUACUGCAGGGCACGUUAUUACUGCCGUCAUAUCGUCAGAACCUGUCAACAAAGAAAUUAAAGCCGUCACGAUGAACAUAGUCAAUGAUAGAGAUGGCUUUGUUUGGAAGGGACACGAUCAGCUUCCUGCCAGAUCGACCAGCAUAUCAUUUGGUGUUGGUUUUCAACCACAAAGUCUACUGCAACUUCAUCCACCCGCAGCUAUUACUGCACUCGCUUUACACAGUGAGUGGGGUCUCCUGGCUGCUGGAACUGCUCAUGGCUUAGCUGUGUUUGAUUAUACAAGAGCGAAAACGGUCAGCGUUAAGUGCACCUUGAAUCCAAAUGAUUUGUCUGGAGCUGGAGAUACACCAAUUUCACGGCGGAAAUCGUUCAAAAAAUCGCUUAGAGAGUCGUUCAGAAGACUGAGGAAAGGAAGAUCCCAACGGCGCACUAAUGCCAGUAGUCCAACGAGAAGUACUGUACCGGAGAAAAAAAAAGACCCGCCAAGUCAGGCAUCCACUCCAGCUGGAGACCUUUCUCCGAUUGAAGCUAAACCCGUUGAGAGACAAGUGGAAGCAAGACCAACAGAUGACUCCCUGGGCUCGAUGGUGCGUUGCUUGUAUUUUGCACGCAGCUACAUAAUUAGUAUGCAAAAUACGACUCCGACUCUUUGGGCUGGUACAAACAAUGGAACAGUGUACGUUUUUACACUAGCCAUUCCUGCGGGCGUAAGACGAACCGAAGAGGAUAUCAAUUGUACACUUGGCAAAGAAAUACAGCUGAAACAUCGAGCACCUGUCAUUGCAAUAACUAUUCUUGACGGCUCUAGCGUCCCAUUACCCGAACCUUUGGAAGCAGAAAAAGGAGUGGCUCCUGGUCCUGAUAUGUCGUCCCCGCACAGAGUAGUGAUUGCAAGCGAAGAACAAUUCAAAAUCUUCAAUUUACCAUCCCUGAAACCGUUCUGCAAGUACAAAUUAACUGCACAUGAAGGGUCUAGGGUUCGGAAAACGGGAUUCGCCAAGUUUACCUGCUCGAUAGAACCUGCAGGCAUUCAUGAAGAAACUUGUUUGCUUUGUCUCACAAAUCUAGGAGACUGCCUUUUACUUAGUGUCCCAGAACUCCGAAGACAGUUGAAUGCGGCCGCGAUCAAGAGAGAAGACAUCAAUGGUAUUUCUUCACUGACAUUCACGAAGGCCGGACAGGCACUGUAUCUUCACUCCAGCUCGGAACUGCAGCGAAUUUCAUUGUCUGCAACUCGAGUAACGAAAGCUCAGUGUGUUUUGAAUUUACCUCCGAACGCUAGAGCUACUGAUGAGCCAUCAGGUGAAGCUCGGGAAGAAGGAAGGAUAGAGGGAACUGCGGAAAACGAAGGAGAAUCGCAAGGUAGUCAACCUGUACCAGCACCUCGAACCAUGUCAGAAAAUGGUACUUUGGUAACCACUGGAACAGAGUCUCCGAAAGAACCAUCUCUUCGACCGGCUGCCAGCUCUACUGAGGUCAAUGGAGAUGAUGAUCGCAACGAUUUAAGUUCAAUUGGAGAUAUAACAAUUGACAGUGUCAAGGACCAUUUGCUUAACAGUUCCCUUUUCAGAAAUGCAACAUCUUCGGAAGAACUGCAUAGCAGAUUAGCUGGCUUAAAAAUGGAAGUUACUUCUCGCACUUCGGAAAUAUCGACUCAGAAUCAGUCGUUAGUGGUUAAAACUACUACAGUCAUUACUCAAGCUCCUAGCAAUGGAACUAGUAAUGGCGAUAUCGAAACAAGUCCAACAAAUGAUAUGCAACAGCUUAACAGCACCACAGUAGAGAGAGAAAUUGCAAGCGGGACUGAGACUACUACAACACAUGCAACGAUUACACUUCCCCCAAAUGUCGAGAUUAGCGCAGCAGAUUUGGCUAAUCUUGAAGUAACCACGACAACAGUUACAACUGAAAAUUCCAAGGCACCUCUUGCAAGACCCGAAGAAGUAGGAUCUUAGGGCUUAUAACUUUGCCCUAGAUGAUGAAAGAUUGGAGUACACAGAAAAGCGAUUAAUAGUUUGAUGUGCUAAUCGAUGAAUCAUAAUCUUGUACACAGCAGCUAGUUUAAAUUCAUACAUAUACAUAUUAUACAAUUAUCGGAGAUUUUUUAACCGUUAGAAGGUCGACCUGGCUCCUUUUAGAGCUAGCAAGUAACUCGGAAACUCCACCGAACGUGUUGACUAUUUAUAUGCAUAAAUCAUACCUCUAAAAAGUAUCGAAUUUCAAGGGAAAAAUUCCGGCCCUCUAAAGGUUAGAAAUCUAGGCUAUAUUCAACAUUGACGUUAUUUU